CUUAAAGUCAAUGUUUUACUCCGUACGGUGAGGGGUUUAUCAUGGCUCCGGCUCCCCCUUUUCUAUUACUCUCCCCCAUGAUAGCGACCACGGAGUACAAGCCCAUUUGUGUGAUUAUGUAUGGUAACUAUGCUCCUCUAGUGCAUGCUUCUUGUUCCUUACAAACUUCAGUUGCUCUAAUUUAUAGACCCUGGCCUGAUUAAGGAUAUACUAUCUGAUCUCCUUGACUUGCUUGUAUGACCUAUCUAAGUUUAUUCUAUUUGAACCUCAAGUUUUGAAAGCACAGCACGGUAUGUUCUGAA